GCCAGCAGCAGAGCGCGCGCACUUAACCGCCAAGCCACGGGGCCGCCCCAGGGCUGAAGAUUUUAAAACCAUGAGAGUGGAUGAGAUCAGCUAGGCAGUGAGCAUAAAUGGAGAAGUUUCCAUAGAAGUUUUCAUGUCUUAGGGCAUCACAGUGUCAGGAGGUCGGAAAGCAGGAAGACCAAGAACGAACACCGAGUGUGGUAGGAGGGGAACUAUGUUUGAGUGUAUUUGAGAAGCCAGGUGGAGAGUGUGUUUCUAGGAUGAAGUGAUUAACUGUGUCAGGUGCUAUUGAUCAAUAUGAAGAUCAUUGGUGACUUUGGUCAGAUCAGUUUCGAUGGAGAGUGGGGGACAAAAGCCUAAUUGGAGGGGAAUUUGAGAGAGAACAGGAAAGAAGGCAUUGGAGAUUGUUGAUGACUCGAGGUGUGCUGCAACAAGGAGCAGCUGGAGGGAGAGGCAGUGGAUCUGAAGGAGCGUGGAGUCAAAAGCCGACAGUGUGGGGAGUUGGAGUGACCGGCUGGAUGUGACCCCCAGGACAGAAUGGUGCUGGACUCAGGGGCUCAGGUGUAUCAGCAGGCACCCCCCAGCCCACCAGCCAGUCCCUCAUCCUUGGACCAUAUUCUGAAGCCCUCAGACCGAGAUGGGACGCCGCUGUACCCCUGGCCUCCAUCCCUGGCCUUGCCCCUGGCUCUGUCAGUCCCCUCAGGCCUGCGGCCCCGGCCUGAGCUGCAGCCCUUCUCAGAGCUGCACUUGGGCCACCGUGGCCACAUGCGUCGCAGUGAGAGCACCUACACCGUAAAUAGUACUGGCCGGCGGGGGGCGGGCACCCAGGGUCGGGCCCCACCUAGACGGGGACAGGGCCCAGGUGGGGGCACCCUGCGGUCUGCGGCCUCCCUGCCUCACAUUGCUAAGACUCGAAAAGAUGCAGGCCGUGGUGCCAGCAGGAGCCCCUGCAUGUUGGUGGCCCUGCGGCCAACCAACAUGGACCGUGAGCGGGACAAGUUCUUCCAGUCCCAUUACACCUACAACCCACAGUUCGAGUACCAGGAGCCCAUGCCCACGGCUGUGCUGGAGAAGUACUGUGAGGCCUCUGGACAGUUCAUCCAUCAGGCAGUUGGCAUCAUUGAGGCUGUCCUGGAGAAGUUCGGUACCUAUGAACACUUUGAGGCUGCAACCGGGGGCCAGCUGCUGACCAAGUGCCAGAUAUGGUCCAUUGUGCGCAAGUACAUGCAGAAGGAGGGCUGCGUCGGGGAGGUUGUGGUGCAGCUGAGUGAGGACCUGCUGUCCCAGGCAGUGAUGAUGGUGGAGAACAGCCGACCGACAUUGGCCAUCAACCUGACUGGAGCCCGCCAGUACUGGCUGGAGGGCAUGCUGCGGCAUGAGAUAGGCACCCACUACCUGCGGGGCGUGAACAACGCUCGGCAGCCGUGGCACAGCGCUGAGGGCCGGCUGCAGUACGGGCUGCGGCCGGCAAACCCCACCGAGGAGGGGCUGGCCAGCCUGCACAGCGUGCUGUUCCGCAAGCAGCCCUUCCUGUGGCGCGCCGCGCUGCUCUACUACACCAUCCACCGCGCCGCGCGCAUGUCCUUCCGCCAGCUCUUCCAGGACCUGGCGCGUUACGUGCAGGACGCCGACGUGCGCUGGGAGUACUGUGUGCGCGCCAAGCGCGGCCAGACCGACACCUCGCUGCCGGGCUGCUUCAGCAAGGACCAGGUGUACCUGGAUGGCAUCGUGCGUAUUCUGCGGCACCGACAGACCAUCGAUUUCCCACUGCUGACCUCGCUGGGCAAGGUGUCCUAUGAGGAUGUAGACCACCUUCGGCCCCAUGGGGUGCUGGACAAUACCCGGGUGCCCCACUUCAUGCAGGACUUGGCGCGCUACCGGCAGCAGCUGGAGCACAUCAUGGCCACGAACCGGCUGGAUGAGGCGGAGCUGGGCCGCCUGCUGCCUGACUGAUACAGAGGCCCUGGAUCUCUGGGUUCCAGGGUUCCAGAUCAGUCCCCAGAACAUGAAGCUGGCUGCUCUGUGCUUCCAUGGCCUGGGUGUUUCUUGGGCAACUGGGAGGGCAGGAGCAGCUCAGGAGGGAGGCAUGGCAACAUCAGAGGGUUUGUGUCCCUUGCUAGCCUCCCUAGGGCCUGGGGACCAGCAGCAGCAUGUCAGGCAAACUGAGUCUACCCUCCUGCCUCCAGGUCUCUGUUGAGUGGAGGGGAAGCCUGAGGGCAGGGGGGAAGCUGAGUGUGGGUGGGGCUGGGGGGUGGUUUGGGAGUAGAAACUUGUUCUUGCAUGAGAUGGCUUUGAGUGUCUGCGUACUCCAGUCUCUCCCUUCCCUCACCUGGUCCCUUGGUGCUCCUUCAGCUUUCACGCUGUCUACCUCUCACUGGGUCCUGGUGGGGGUCUCCUUUCUCCUGGGGUGAUUGCCUGAGCCUGAGGUCCUGGCUUUCACACAGACUCAAGGGGCAGGGAUCCUGGUAGUAGAGACCCAGCUGGGCUGGGGUGUGCUUUCCAGCAUUUUGCCUCUCCCAGUGGUCAUGUAUUUAUUCCCUAUGUAUGUGCUCUGCUUCCUCGGGCUGGGAGGCAGCAGCUCCUGAAGGUUUGGUGGAGGAACAGGCUCCUCUGGAAGGGAGCCCCACUCUCAUCACAUACACACACACACACACACAUACAGUCCUUCAGGCUUUGUGAGUCAAGCCCAAGAGCUCACCUGGCCCUGUGCCCAUCCCCUCCACUGGCCUCUUGUUGUUGUGCUUGCCCAUGCCGCCACAGCUGGUCUCUGGCAGAGGUUGGCAUAGCCUGGCAGCAGCCACAGUCCAGCCUGAGGGGCAGGCCCCUAGUUGUCUCAAAUUCUGAGGCCCCCGCCCAGGACCGGGAGAGGUGCAGAGGUGGCUACUUCCAGUUUCACCUCAGACUCAGCUGUGUGAGGUUGACCCAGGCCCACUCCCACCCUUGGCCUUAGUUUUCCCAUCUGUAUAACUCGGAAACGCAGUUGGAAAGUCCUCAUUCAUUUAGUCAGUGAUUAUGUAUAGAGCGCCUUCUGUGUGCCUGUUAUUGGUUAGAACGGUCACUGAGCUCCCAGUCCUGAGAGAAGUCGGACAAUUAAAACAACAAUAACAAUGAA